GAAGCACUGAAAUGAGUAGAUCAUAAGUUGAACUUGAAUCCUGCUUGAAUGGGCCGAACUUGGAAAGUCAGGUCGUUGUUUACAUCUGUUAUGACCUGUUAGAAUCAAAUGCCGUAGCCAAACAAUUGCCCGAUUCAGUCAUAAGUCCAAGCGGGAGCAACUCUGUAAAAACACUCAACCCAAAAGCUUCGGUGACAGCAAACAUUCACAACCAAGGUGCGCGAACAAGAGUACAUUGUUGUCUAAAGCUUGAGCCUGAAUACUAACCGUUUCUAUAGCGAAGGCUGACCCAAGCAACUACCACCAUCACAUCGUCUCUAGUGUAUUGACCUCUGAACGAAUUACUCUUAUACUCUCCGUCACAUUUAUUACAGGCAUCUGCUCUUUCUCCGUCUUGAUAACGUCCCAUAAUGUCUUGGCCAAGGCUUACAGUCGAUUCACUCGACGCGAAGGAGACGAGGCGCAGCAUGGUAGAGUGUAAGGUCGCAUCCUGUGGAAAAUCGAAGGCAACGGGCGCAAAGCUCUUUGCUUGUGCUGGCUGCAAAUGUGCUCUCUAUUGUAGUCGAGAAUGUCAAAAGAAAGAUUGGCCAAGGCACAAGCGCGAUUGCUUGAUGACUCAGGAAAACAAAGUGGACAUGAAUUCGCAGCCUGAUUCAUCGACCAAAGCAUCGACUCCAACAAACCGUCCACAGCGUGCCGCCCUCCCUUCAGAGGUCUCUGACGAACUGUCAGCUUUCAGGAAACACUUCCUGCCAACGCUUACCCUGGUCGCGAUCAAUGCGUUCUGUGACAUCGAGAAAACUCCCACGCCCCGUAGAUGGGAAGACCACCUGUUCCUAGUCCAGCUCGAACGCGUACCAAACCCAUCACCGUCCCUACCUGCUUGGGCUCGAUUCAGACUCGCUGCCGCAGGUCCAUACCCCGUCGAACUGCUCUUUCCGAAAGGCAAAGAGAUCGAUCAUACCGGUUGGAGGAACAGUCGUGAUGAAGCGGUAGCACGGAACCUUAGCAUGGGACUUGGCACUAUCACGCUCUGUGUUUCUUGCAAUUAUCAAGGAAUGGGUCUCAAUGCCUACUCCGACUUGCAGUUCUUGCUUGGUGCACCGAUCGAGAUGGGCGUUGAAAGAGUUGCAAACUGGAAAGACGUACUACUCAAACAUAUAGAGAACGAGUCCAGAGUGUAGUACGUUGAGGUUAUUGGACAUAACUUUGUAUUGGUAUCCCUUGCUCUCGCAGCGACAUAGCACUUAAUAGUUUUGUUACAGUAAUCGUUCCGUUAUGUGAUCGAUACAUCGAGAGCGGGCCCGACGCCUCAUUGAGCUCAUGACCUGGUAACUUAGCGGCCUUGAUGUUCGCUCCAGCAUGUCAAUCUGUGGAGAUAACUUCCUCUAUAUCCGCCAUAAGUCCUGAGUCCUUUGCGGAAUGAUUAGCAAGCACGUCUGCUACCGAACCGUGAGACUCUGCCAAUCAUGAUGAGGUUUAGCGCUACUUUCUCGGGAGUAGGAAUCGAC